AGAGUUAGGCAGCAGGCAGUUUUCAUAGUGGGUCAAUCCUUAGGAAUGAAUAGGGGUUGGAACCGGAACUCUCCAUAAGCUCGCAAUCUGUUGCCAUUAGCUGCCUGAAAUCUACCAGAACAAUUCCCAACCCCUUCUCUAUGCGGGAAAAGCCGACGAUACGAACGUUGCCAGCAUCUUGUCUCUUAGUCAUCACACCGUCUUCAACGUUGCAAGACCGACAUCGCGCGAUCCAUUUUCUCCGCCACACUCCCAUUUCCGUCGCGGAGAAGUGGGUAAUAUGCCGUAUAAAGGCCGUUCAUCUUGCACGGGAUUAACGGUGCCGUUUUUUCCGUGACAAUUUCGCAUUCAAUGGCAGCCAUGGAGCAAUCGAAUCACGAUCUAAGCAGCGAUUUCAUUGUUAGCGACCGUGACGGCAUCGUGGAAAAUUGCCACUUGGUCCACGCGGCCGUGGUUGAUACGACAGGGAAUCUCCUCUACUUUUUAGGCAACCCUUCGCGCCUUACUCUCAUUCGCUCGGCAGCUAAGCCAAUGCAGGCCGUAGCUGUGAUUGAAGCAGGAGCGCUUGAAGAGUUCGGGUUCGAUGAGGCCGACCUUGCGCUCAUGUGUGGCAGUCAUAGCAGCGAGGCGAGACAUGUUGAGAGAGCCAAGACCAUGUUGGCAAGGCUGCAGGCUGACGAGGAUGAUCUCCAAUGCGGUGGCCAUCCACCUAUUUCCCCCCUCGUAAUGCGGACUUGGCUUCGGGAUGGGUUCAAGCCGUCCCCAGCCAGCAGUGCCUGCUCUGGUAACCAUAUUGGGGUCAUGGCCGCUGCAAAGAUCAGUGGAGCUGGCAUUGCAGACUACCAUUCCUUAGACCACCCAAUUCAAAAGCAAAUCAGGUUGAUCAUGCAAGAUAUCGCGGGUCUUGGCACCAAGGGCAUCAAAUGGGCCCUGGAUAGCUGCAACAUGUACUCGCCAGCCAUGUCACUGCAGUCGUUAGCUUCUGCCUACGCCGCAUUUGCCAAAGCAGCUGACAACGUUGCCCAUGACAGGGUCCAGACAUUUCCACAUGCAGAAGCAAUGGCCCGAAUAUACAGUGCUAUGGUUCGACAUCCCGAAAAUGUUGCCGGUGAGGGUCGUUUCUGCAGUGUUCUUGGGGAAGCAUACAACGGCGGCCUGUUUGGGAAAGGCGGAGGUGAUGGGUGUUACGCUGUUGCAGUUCGCUCCUCGGAAGACACCGAGCGCCUGGGGGCCGUUGGUGGUAUCGGGAUUGCUCUGAAAAUAGAAGACGGGAACUAUGGCAUCAUGGACGCGGCAGUCGCGGAGAUCCUUGAGCAACUCGAGAUUGGAACUAGGGAGGUUCGACAGCGCCUGGAGGUUUUCCAUCAAGGCAAGGUCAAGAACUCUAGAGGUGUAGUAACUGGGGGUCUGUCAUUCCCAUUCAAACUCAGAGAAAACUUGAUUGCUAGAUAGUCGUCUACAUCAGCAGUGCUAGUUCCCUAAACUAUGAGCUCCCCUGCCUUUGAUCGCAUAGUCCUUCCAGAACCUGCACCAAUGCAGUCUUAUCACUAUCGACUUGAUCUUCAGUCGUACUCUCUACUAAGCCUAUAUGCAUUGCAUAGUGAUGGCAAGCUUCUGCCAUUUUCACAUCCUUUUCUGAAAUGCCGCCCAGAUCAUGUGUAGUCCAUCGAAUGAAAACUUUAUUGUAAAUCUAGAGCAUGGUCAGACAUGUCAUGAUCUAGUAAUUGUGUAGAGUAAAAGAAAAUAGAAAUCUGGGGAGAAAUGCCAAAGGGAAA